AUGUCGCUGAUUUGGAACAGCGGUUCAGGAGGAAGCGGUCAGCAUGCAAAGGCGGGCGAGGAGGUCAAAGGCGUACACUUCCCCAGCAAAGUGAAUCAACGUUUUCUUGCGUUCCAGUACGUGCCCCCGAAGCCUGGGCAGAACGGAUGGCGAGCACCGAAGAAAAGCGAUGUUAUAUCGUCCAUCCCGCCUCCCAGCUCUGGCCCAACGCCCACGCCCUUGCCUCUGGGCAUGAGAGAGCUGAGUCCGCCCCUCAGCGGCCGGCAGACGAGUCCAACGAGAUCCCUGGGGCGACAUACCAGCCCGCCCAUACCUACAGGUCGACACAUGAGCCCCCCGCCCAUGCACCACUCCUCCCGCAGGACCUCCACCUCCUCCGUGUCCUCCUUGGGGCGCUCGGGAUCCAUGUCUCUUGGACGCUCCGCUGGCAAGCAGUUUUCAGCUCUCCUUAAGUCAGUGACGGGGUGCAGCUCAGGAUAUGGGUCUUCCUACGGCCAGUCUUCGGGCUACGGCCAGUCCUCACGCUACGGCCAAUCUUCGGGCUACGGCCAGUCCUCCGGUUAUGGCCAGUCUUCCGGCUACGGCCAGUCCUCAGGCUACGGACAAUCGUCAGGCUACGGACAGUCUUCGGGCUACGGACAGUCGUCGGGCUACGGACAAUCGUCAGGCUACGGGCAAUCGUCAGGCUACGGACAAUCGUCGGGCUACGGGCAGUCCAGCGGCGGAUACGGCCUGUCGCGAAUGCAGGUCGGCAGGUCGUCCUUCUCCGGCGGCAACCCGUCCCUCGUCCGCCAGGGCUCGCUGAGGUCUUCCUUGAGGCGCACGGCCGGGAACAGCACCAUGGCCCGACACCGCGACCUCGCCUCCGAUAUGAUGGCGAGCGUGUGUAUCAGCGGCAAUCCCAAACGCGGUGAACCGGAGGGCGACGAAGCAGACGAGACGCCGCCAUCUUGUUCCUUUUUAAGGGAGGAUAAUUAUAAAAAUAAAGACGAGAAAGAAAUUAGUAAUCAGAAAAAAAGAAAAGGAAAUAGGACAGAACAGAAUAACAAAGAUAGACACGAAAGGAAGGUCGAAGCGUCGAGAAGUUCCGCCAUUCCUGAAGAGAGUGAUGUGGCGCCUCGGAGAACAGCGACCGAAAGUGAGAUCGAGAAUAACAGAAAGAACGAUAUGAAGAUCAGAGAAAAGAGUCGCAAAACAAAGUGCGAUACGAACGGUGACUUUGUGAUUCAGGACGUGUUCAUUAACGACCCGAAAGUGAACGAAAACGGUUGCGAGGUUGAGAGUGAUAACGAGAUCUUAGAGGAGCUGAAAUACAACUACGACAGCGAGGAAGACUUCGACAUUCCCACCGAAGAGAAUUUCCUCAAAUCUUCCACGUCGGUCAGCGGGGACGAUGACGUCAUAGAGACGUCUUUCGGAAGGCCAAGGUCCGUGCACUUCGAGGACGAAAAGUGGGAAAAUGGCGAAUAUAGAAUAAGGGAAGAUAAGGAAGUGGAACUGAUGGACUCCUGGGAGCAUGAGGCCCACGCCAAGAGGCCAGAAGACCCCCAGGAGGGCUUGCCGUUCUCGGGGAUGGGCAGGCUGAGCAACGUCAAGAGCGCCAACACGGAGAGCGUGCGGGAGAUUUUUCGUCGGAAAAGGGAGGAGUUUGGCGAUAGCGCGGAGCAGGACGGCCGGAGAAGAAUUCCCUCCAACGAGAGAGGAAGAACGGAUUCCCAGGAGCGGAAAGGGCGCUCGAGGUCCAAGGAAAAGUCCCCUCACGACUCGGACAGAGGCAGAAAGCCAGUGAGCGUGAGCGGCGGCAGCGACCCCGAGAGGAAGCCUCUGUCGAGGUCGCGGAGCCCCAAGAAGGAGAACGGGCUCGUGCGGGGCGGCGUCACGCUCGUGCCCGUCAACGGCAGCGCCCUCAACGCCCUCAACGCCGGGGUUAUCAUUUCCAGGAGGGAUUACGCGAUGUUCAAAUCGCUGGUCGAUUCUCAGAGUUUUUGCAAUAACAAAUCAGAAAAGAGUCCGUUGCAGACCACAACGAAGCCAAGAAAGCUUGGACCUCCGAAAUCAGGAGGCCAAAAAAGACCCGAGGAAACCCCCUAUGACCCCUUCUCGGCAGCAGAACUGCAGAUGCAAGCGCUGAUGGGGCCCGCCGCCUCGUCCCCCUCCCCCUCCAAGAAGAGCUCUGGCCUCGGGGCGAUGGGGCUCGGGAUGGGGGUGUCCAUGGCGGACUCGAUCAGGACGGAGGGCACUGGGAGGGAGUCGCCGGACUUUGAGUUUAGCCUUGGUCUUUUCGAGGACGAGGAGGGUCGCCUUUCUAGGGAGAAAUCUCCGGAACAUGGGUUGUUGAGUUCAAGUGUAGGAAACGGAUAUUCGUCCGUGAGUAAUGGAUUGUCUGGGCGAGAUUAUUUAUCCAAAGGGAUUGGUUCACCUUCUCCGAGGAGGGCUAAUGAGGGUAGAUGGUCUUGGGAGAAUUCAAGCAAUGCGUCUCCGGAGCGUACAUCACUUGGGCUUACUUCUUCAUUGUUCAGGAAACCAUCGUGGUCAUCAUCACCCAGGGAAACCUUAGCUGACACUCCGACACGUGAAUCCCCUUCGUGGUCUUCUCUCGUGCAGAAAUCUGCCACGAAAGACGGUCACAAUUGGUCAUCAUCCACUCGGGAAUCGCCCUCCCGAGACACGCGUAGUUGGUCCUCGCCAGCUAGGGACAGUAACCAUCAGGAUAGUCAGUCGUAUGGUAGUCACAGAUGGUCUUCGCCUGCUCGUAGCAGUCCCUCGAGAGAUGACGCAAAUCUGGAUAGUAAGUCACUUAAUAAUCAUAGAUUGUCUUCGCCAUCUCGCAGUAGCCCAUUAAGAGAUAAUAUUAAUCAAGACAAUCACUCAAAUAGUCAUAGAUGGUCGUCUCUCAGUCCGGCAAGGGACACCGCGGAUCCAGACACACAGUCCCUUGGUAAUAAUAGGUGGUCGUCCCCUUCCCGAAGUAGUCCCACAAGGACGACCAGUGCGUUAGACUCCAACCAAAGGUCAUCAGCUGCACGUGAUGUAGAGGGCUCGUCUUGCCUUGGUAGUUAUAAUCGGUCUCCAUCUCGAGACAGCAGUAACACAACAUCGUUAUCCACGCAUGAUGUAGACAGAUGGUCCUCCCCGACCCGAGACACCCCCACCCCCGCCACCCACUCAUCCCCCAGGACGGCGGUCAAGAGAUGGAGAGACACAGGGAACAGCGAGACGUCUUCAGGCUGGAGUGCGGACACCUCCAGCGGCCUGGGGACCCACAGUAGCACAUACAAUCGGUACUUGAGCGGCUCAUCCACGAGUUCGUCGGCCAAUCCAAGGGGGCUCUUGUCAUCAUUGGAUUCGGCGGGGCACUCUGGCCGAGCUUCUUAUAGUGACAGCAUAAGCAAGUCUUCAGGAUUUGAGACUUAUAGAGCAAAUAGUACUUCCAAUGACUGCAGUCCAGACCCUGAUAAGAAAUCAUUUGAUGGCGAGAACGAUGCCCAGAUGCGGGUGUCGAGUGGGUCGUCGUCGGAUUCCUCCUUGCCCCCGCUGUCGUCCCCGUCCAGCUCCGCGUCCCCGGCUGGCAUGGGUAAGCCAGAUAGUGCGUCGUCGUCCAUGGGAAUGCCGAGGUUCUGCCACGAGUGCGGUCACAAGUACCCGGUCCUUAUGGCGAAGUUCUGCUGCCAGUGCGGGUCUCGGCGAAUUAGUGGGGACAAGUAACAGGGAGCGAGACAUCAACAUGAAAAUCUCUACAUCAAAUAUCAUGAUGUUCACUCGUCAUUCAUCAUACUUCCAUUUGUCAUGUUCCAUGCGGUUUACAUAUUGUCAUACACGAAAACAGCAUAUUCUCAUCCACUGUGUUAUUUCAGCUCAAAGUGCAGGUAAUAUGAUAUCAAAAUGAGUUUGGUUACUGCAAACAGUUAUUGUAACCUAAAUUUCUACAUACAGUGCCGAUUUGCAAUUUUUUUAUACUCUGUCAUUCUCUAAAUACUUUGCUUUGCUAAGUUAUUUCUAUUAAACGCCCAAAUUGUAUAAUUCACUUUCUUUUCAUAAUUAAUAUUCAUGACAAACGGUUGUCUGCGUGGGAUCCAUCACUUUCGGCGUAAAGGAAAAUGUAUGAGUAUAAGUGUCUGAACUUUUAAUUUUUCCAUUACUAAUACGUUUUGUAUAAAAAGCAGGUGAUAUUAAGUUCUUUUU